AUCACACGCAAUUGAUUUGUAUCGUGUUGUGCACGCGCUGGUGUGUUGUUACAAGUCUUGCGUGCUUAGGCCUUGCAGGCCCGAGCCACGUUUUUAGUCGUCGCAGUGCACGGCAUCGAGGCUAUUGGCAGAUAGAUUCGUCGCCUUAAUCCACUUAGGUUGGGAAAGAUAACUGACAUUACAUUCCUGCCACCACUUGGUGUUGUCACCAAACCACAAUGUAUGCUACCACGGUCCGCCACAAUACAGUAGGAUGCUGAAUGAAAACAUGGAAGGACAGAUGUAAGAGGGCAUUCUUCCCUCGAAAAGGACUGACAAGUUCAUGGCUGCCAAAAAGGAGAGAAUAAUGGUUCGUCAUGAGGAGGGGGCUACUGCCCCCAUAGCACUGCCCUCAGCUACCUCUCCCCCUGACCUCUUUGGUGUCCUAAACACAGGGCAAGCAAGUGCAGUUGUAGCCAAUGAAGAAGCAAACAUUCCAGCAACAUCUACUCCAGGUUCUGCAAUGGGUACUGGUCAAAUGGUUUCUACAUUGAACUCUGCUGCCAGGUCUAAUAACCAACCAGAGAAUUUACCACCAGAGAGCACCUACAGCGGUAUCAAGGUGAUGUUGGACAAUAACAACAUGUGGAAUGAGUUUUUCAAAUGCAAAACCGAAAUGAUAAUAACCAAACAAGGCCGGAGGAUGUUCCCUUAUUGCCGCUUUCGCGUCUCUGGUUUGGAGCCCUUACAGAAGUACACUCUGCUCAUGGAUAUCAACCCUGUGGACAACAAACGUUACAAGUGGACUGGGCAAGACUGGCAAAUGAGUGGGAAGGCAGAGGCCCAUUUGCUGAGACGGGUUUUCAUCCAUCCAGACUCUCCAUCUUCUGGUCACCAAUGGAUGCAGAACCCUGUGUCAUUCUACAAGCUUAAGCUCACUGACAACACGAUGGACCAGGAGGGCAAUGUAAUUUUGCACCCAAUGCACCGCUACUUACCACAUCUGCAUUUGGUCUCAGCUGAAACGGCUACAGAGGAUAUUCAGCUCAAUGGGCCUGACGUGAUAACCUUCACCUUUCCCCAGACUGAAUUCUUUGCUGUAACAGCCUACCAGAAUGUACGCAUGUCUCGGUUUAAAGCAGACUUCAACCCUUUUGCAAGUGGACCCAACUCCCAGGCUCUAAAGCUGAAAAUGAGUCCCUCCAAUGAGUUGAAGGAUGACACCAGAUCUCCCAAUGAACUCAAGACUGUGAAAGGCUUGAAUGGCCUGAAAUCUUUGAUGGCGGCAAAACGCAGAUCUAAAGACACUUCAACAGUAGAUAAAGGACUCCUGAGCCCUGAUGCUCAAAAUGUUUCCCUUGCAGAUGGUGACAAAACUGAGGUCAAAACUGAUGGACCCAGCUCCAGGCUGAAAUCAAGGCCCUCCAAUGAGAUGAACAAAGACUCAGCCCAAUCGCCCAAUGAGCUCAAGUCUGUGAAAAGCCUGAAUAAUCUUAAGUCUUUGAUGGGGAAACGCACUUCCAAAGAUACUUCAGCAAGAGGCCAAGGACUUCUCGCUCCGAAUGCCCAAAAUGUUAUGCUUGCAGAUAGUGAUAAGUCCGGAGUCCAAACAAGUCCCUCCAAUAAGUCAAAAAAAGACACAAACAGUUCUACCAAUGACCUCAAGCCUGGGAAAAGCCUGAAUAACCUGAAGUCUUUGAUGGCAAAACACAGCUCUAAAGGCACAUCUGCAGUAGAUCAGAGAGUCCUCAGUGAAGAUGCUCAAAGUGUUACACCUGUAGACAGAGACAAAUCUGGAGUCAACGCUAAUGGACCCAGCUUAAGCACUCCAAAGCUGAAAUCAAGAUCCUGCAAUGAGUUGAAAAAAGCAGGAACCACAUCUGCCAAGGAAUUCAACUCUCUUAGAAGUAAUCUGUCUUUGUCAAAAUGCAAUCCUAAAGACACUUCAGCAGUAGGUCAAGGACUACUGAGCUCAGAUGCUCAAAAUGUUAUACUUGCAGACAGUGAAAAGUCAGGAGUCAAAAUGGAUAAACCCAGCUCCUGCAAGAAAUCAAGUCCCUCCAAUGAGACGAUGAAAGUUGAAACAAUAUCUCCCAAGGUGUGCAAUUAUGUGAAAACUUCCCGAAAGUCUUUGCGUAGAAAACACAACUCCCAAAAGACUUCAGCAGCAGAUCAUGGACAAAAGUCAGUCAGAAACACAGAGUCCACUGAAUACCAUUCUUGUACAACAGGUCCUCCCCAAAGUAACUUCCCUGAGCUGAUUCGGGAUUGUCGUCUGAAAAUACGAAGGUGCAAUGUUGAGAUAACCAAUACAACUUGUAGUGUUGAGCAAACAAACACUAAGGGCAUGGUUGCCAAUGGCAAAGUUGUGGAAGUAGCUGUGAAUGACAAUUUUUCCCAGAUUUCUGAACCUGAAGCCUUGUCCGGGAAGACUAUUGAAAGGGUGGGAACACUGCACAAUGGGAAUGUGAUUGACAGUGUCAAGGACCUCUUCAAUUCAUCUCAGUCCCAGGAACCGGUCAAGACUCGUGUGUCAAUCAAUGACCAUUCAGCAAAUGAAGUUGAAAACAGUCAAAAGACUUCCCUGAGCUCAUCAGUGAGCUCUGAAGCAAAAAUGACAGGUUUUGAUGAACAGCUGCAGGGGAAGGCUAAACCACACAAACGACCAGAACCUGUGCCUUUGCCCCUUCUUGCACUCUACCUUCAACAGUUGAAGUUAAAAUCCAGAUCUGUUAGGACCAAACCGAAAUCUCCCCCGGGAUUGCCUUCGUCUUCAUCCCCAUCUUCUGCUGUUCCAACCACCGAUCCUGUUAUUCCAGCCACCGAUCAAACUGGCCCUGUCAUGGACUCAAGUGGCCCAGCCUUGGAAUCUACUGGCCCAGCCUUGGAAUCUACUGGUCCAUCCAGGGAUUCUACUGGAUAUGCUGUAGUUCCAGCCAGUGGUCCUGUAGUUCCAGCCAGUGGUCCUGCUGAUCCAGCUAUCAAUCACAUUGUUCCAGUCAUUGCCCCCACUGGGCCAACCACAGACUAUGCUGGUCUACCCAUGGAUAUUUCAGUUCCAAACACAGAUUUUUUGGUUCCUGCCACAGACUCAUUGUUACCAGAACCUGACUCAGUUUUACCAACCGCUGAUAAUUUGUUUCUUGUCCCUGCGCCUACCUUAUCCAUUGCACAAUCAUCCCCCACCCCUUGUUUGCCAGCAACUGUCUUAUUAUCACCAUUCCCUGACCCAUUGUUACCAGCCCAAGAAUUGCCACCCCCUGUACCUGUCACAUUAAACCUAGCGACUGAUUUAUCAUCACUUACCUCUGACCCUCCCUCAACUGCUCCAGCCCUGUCAUCAACACCUAGUCUUGCCAACUUGGAACCUGAAUUUACCCCCUCGUUACCAUCCCCUGGUCCUUUGCGAGGUGGCUUUGAGCCAUCCUCACCUGCGCCAUUACCAGAUCUUGAACCCCCUUUACGUUCCCCUGUUACAUUGAAACCGGAAGCCACAGCCACCUCCUUACCUGUACAUGCCUCCUCAUUCCCAGCCCUUGAACGAUUACUGCCCCCUAACCCUUUUGUUCUAUCCUCUGAAUUUUCAUCACAUGGAUCACUUUUAGGCCUACCUGCCCCUGAUCCUUUUUUAACAAUACCCUUUAUCCCAUUGUUGCCUUCCGCUCACAUUAACCCAUUACCCUUUGAGGCAACCUCAUUUUCCUCUACCCCUCACCCUGACUCACUUGCUCUGGACACUGCCUUAUCUCCCUCGGACACUACCUCAUCAUUCCAAGUCAAUUAUGAACCAUUAACACACCCAUCUACACCGUCUCCACUCCCAUUCCAGUUAUCUUCCUUUUCAUUGUUAGGUCCUGACCCAUUGUCACCAACCCCGUCACUGGCCGACCUCACUAACCUUUUCUCCAUCGCCGAAGAGCUUGAGAUAACUGAAGACAUUCCCAGCAGUGAGGCACCUCCUGUCCCAUGCCCUCCUGUCCGAAGUACCCCUAGCAUACCAGUUAGUUCUACUUUACCUGUUGGUUCUAGUCAGCCAACCCAGAGAAAUAAACCCUGGAGAUCUAAGAAGAUAUUUAGGAAAGGAGUGAAAUCUGCCAAGGGUGAUUCACUCCCAGUGAUUGAUGGAUCUACAGAUGUCGCCAUGCAGCCCAACCUGGAGGAAGUUGAGGAGCAGCUGUUCGUGUCUUUCACCUCCAAGGAAGCACUUGAUGUCCACCUGGGAGAGCCUGCACUUUGUGAGACGACGACUGUGCAACCUCAGAAGCCCCCAGAGGCGACAGAGAAUGUUGGAGGACUAGAAACCACAGAGGAAAGAAUAGUAGCUUUCGAGAAGGUUAUUUUGGGUGACCUAAAGGUUAUGAGGCAUCGACAGGUCAUUCAUCCUGUGUUGCAAGAAGUUGGACUGAAGAUGAGUUUACUGGAUCCCACUCUGGUCAUUGACCUGCAGUACCUAGGUGUUCGUCUACCUCUACCCCCACCCUUUUUAUGUCCAGAACCAAACUCUCCAGCGUUGGCAUCUUCUCCAAGUGGUUCAGUCCCCUUUGUUUCCAGGACAGGCAAGACCACAGACUUCACCCAAAUCAAAGGCUGGAGAGAUAAGUUUGUCCCCUCGAACUCGCCAUCAUCCUCCAAGCCUGAAGGUUGCCCAAGUUCAGAAGUGGUCCCAAAGAACUUGUCGGCCUUCUGCAGUGACAUGUUGGAUGAGUACCUGGCUAACGAAGGUAAACUCAUUGACGAGCGCGCUGCCAGUUUCACCCAGACCACCGUCGUCACCCCUGUGGUCUACCAGCUACCCACCAAGAGCACCAGCUACGUCCGAACCCUAGACAGUGUGCUGAAGAAACAGGCACCGGCACUUUCUUCCACCUUUGUCCCACCAUCCAAAAAACCAAGACUGCCCCCCACAUCCAAACAACUUAAAAAAUCUGAGAAAAGGCAACAAAAACAACAAUGUUUAAAGCAGAACAGAACUAAACUAACGUCUGCAACAACCCCAACAUCAUUGCCCACUGAGCCAAAACUGCUAUUGAUGGAUCAUGGCGCCCCCAUCACCCACGAUGACACAAUUGAAACUAUAAAAAGGAGACCUCCACCAGCCCAUGAUGCUCCUGUGUCCAGGCCAGAGGUAGAAGAGCCACCUCCCGCUGAACUGGCUCCUGUGGAAGAGGAUGACUCGGACCCAGAGCCACAGCCUGCUGCCAAGACCAAGGUCGUGUUUCCUGGGCUGACCAAGGCCCUGCUCCGACAAAGGGAUUUGCAGGACUUGGUUGUCUGGGAGGGCAAGCGCCGGACCUGUAUCUCAAACGAGAGGGCGACGAUCGCCCUCACCUCCCACUUCACCUCAACGGGCUUUGUUUGUGAGAACCCUACAGCUCCUAUUAGGAUCAUAAAGCGCAGGGCUCCUCCCUGCCUCAAAGCAUUCUGCCGAUUGGGCUGUGUGUGUGCCAGCCUGGCACAGGACCGUCGUAUUAUCCACUGUGGAAAGAUUGAGUGCAUCUUUGGCUGCAGCUGCCUCAGGCAGAAGGUGGUCGUCCUCAAGAACUUAGAAGGACCAGAUUCUAAUGCGUCAGAGGAGGGCCUGUCCAAGAAGCGGAGGAGAAAGUGGAAGAGGAUGAGGAUGGCAUAUACUCUCAGGGAGGCUGAGAUGGUAUCAGAACCUGCUCCGCGUGUGAGAAUGUUGUGGAGAAAGACGGAUGGAGAGACGGACCCGGAGCCCGUCCUCGCCCCAACACCGGUCUACCUACCACAUCUUCCACUACAGGAAGAACCUUCAGUGGUGUAUUUUUCUCCGGUGAGAGAGGAAGGUGGGACCAUGACAUGUGCCAGAGUGCGUGCGUUUCAAAGCAAGAGCACAAACCGACCUGAGGUCAUUGACAAUCACUGCAAACCAAUAGACUCUGCACCAGUGAACUCUUCCAGUAUGUCAGAGAAGUCGUUGUCCUGCCAUCGUCCCAAGUACAAGGAGCCCUCCAAGCGCCUGGAGAUUAUGUCUAAGUGUAAGUGGAGUAGCCUUGCGGAUAGGAACCUGGUGCUGAGAAUUGUGUGUGAGCACAUGGCCAAGGACCACCUCAGGAACCCCUUCUGGGUCAAAGGUUACCUUAUAAAACCCGUGUCUCAGACCCUGAGAAAUGAUGGCGAAAGCUGCUCCAUCCACUACAAGGUACUCAUCUCUCAGGUCCCGAGACCGGACGAAGUGGAGGAGGAGAACGGUGAGGAGGAGGAGGAAUGGAUGGGAGAGGAAGAUGAAGAAGAACUAAUGGAAGAGCAGAGAGAGGAGGAUAAAGUGGAGGAAGUACCUGUCGUGGAGGAAGUACCUGUCGUGGAGGAAGUACCUGUCGUGGAGGAAGUACCUGUCGUGGAGGAAGUACCUGUCGUGGAGGAAGUACCUGUCGUGGAGGAAGUACCUGUCGUGGAGGAAGUACCUGUCGUGGAGGAAGUGGACAACAAGGCUGUGGGGCGUAGAAAGGAUCUGAAAUGGCAGGGCCUGCCUUUCUUAACAGGAAUUUCUCCUGCUGGCCUCCUUACUGGCAACCUUAAGCUACCAGAAAUCUCAGACCAGAAAUGUAUCACGGUGAAUGGCAUGUCCUACCCCCAUGCCAAGAUACAACUGGGCAUGAUGGGAGCCAUGCACCCAGCCAACCGCCUUGCUGCUUACCUCACGGGCAAGUUACGAAGGCCUGCCUGUCUAAAGCGGUCUAUGGCGGCCUCUUCCGUCCCAUCACAAAAACACCCCUCAGAAACUCCUAAAGGUGCCACAGAUACAAAGUCCUCUACGAGACAACCGGCCCAACUGGCAGCCAUUCCUACCACCAUGGUUACCACAAGUGUUCCCUCUACCAUUCCAGUUGCUGCUGGCCCCAAGUUCAUUGUGAACCCAGGUGCCUGUCUCUCUCAGGGGGCUCAGAUGGAGCAGAACACAGUGACUGCUGCUGUGCGGAUUCAGGUUGUCACCAUGGUCUACCCAACCAAAACUCCUAAUGUGAGGGGUGGUGCCGCAGCCCUGGUAUCUGCAGUGUCUGUUAGCUCCAAGGCCCCCUCAGCACCAAGAUAUUCUACAGGUGCAAACAUAUCACCCCAAAAUGCGUCCCGCAUCAGUGAAGUGGUUACCAGUCCCCCGAUGCUCUCUGUUCCAGGGACCAGUACCUCUGUCAGAAUGCCGUCUCCUCUCACAUCCCUGACCCCUAUCAUGUCCCUGACCCCUCUUGCGUCGGGUCAGAGAAUUGUGCUGCAGCCGGUAAGGAACACCUCAGCGAACACCCUAUACAAGAACCCCAAGGGACAGCUGAUCCAGCUGGUUGCCCUCAGCCAGCUGAAGGCCCUUAACCCCAAACUCGUCAUGCACAACAAGGGUGGGAUGAUCAUUUUAACCAUGCCUGAAUGCUUGACCACCAUGAACAGCUCCACCUCCUCUCUCACCACAUUGGAGAGCAAGGGCCCUGGUAGCUGUGCUUCCACCAUCAGUACUGUCCCCCUUGUCACUUUCCCAAAGACCCAGACUGCAUUCAGCACCACUAUCACCGCCCCUAAAACCACUGCUGGUUACGUUAGUCUCUCACCCACCGUGACAAAUGGUGGGACGUACACCUUGGAGAUUGUUCCUCAGACAGGCAACAAGGAGCCCAUCAUCAUCAAGUGUCCGGCGGUGCCAGCCCAGGGCUCCUCCAAGGUGAUGCCUGUAGUAGGGGGUGUUACUGUGCUGCAGCCUCACCCGGAAACCACAGUAAUUACUGUCAAAUCCCCCACAAAAACAGUUAAGAACACAGGUGUCAAAGCUGACAAUAUCUCCACAGUGACCUCCAAUGUAGACUCUAAUGUAGUCUCUGAGGUGUGUAGUUGGAUGCGGCCUUUCCAGAAAACCAAAACUCCUAAAUCCACAAAACCCCCUAAAGGACCCCAGUUUAAAUUUAUAAAAGCUGAUGCUAUCUCCCCAGCUCACUGCAAUUUAGACCCUAAUAUCCAGCCUGAGGUGGUUAUAGUGCUGCAGCCUCCCCCGAAACCCCCUAUAACCCAGGUCACAACGACAGGGAUCAAAGAAAACACCUCCACAGCAGACUCCAAUCUCCUUACUAAGAUGGUUCAUGUUGAUGACCCCUACCAGACAUGGACAGGAAGACCGAAGAGGAAGAUGGUGGAGGAUGAGUACGAUUUGGAUGAGAAGACAGACAACUCAUCUGACGAGACUGAUUCUGACGAUUCAAGUGUUAAUAAAGAGGAGCUAAUCGAUGUCAUCAGUAAACAGCUGAAGCACAACGUGGACGAGAGGCAUCGCCGUUUUGAGCUCCAUGGGUGCUUCCAGCGGCUGAGAGAGACACUGAAACUUGACCAAAAAGCUGCGAAAGUGUAUAUCCUUAAAGAAGCGACAGAGGAGAUCCAAAUCCUGACUACGAAAAGUAACGACAUGGAGAAGCUAAGGAGUUCACUGACCCUGGAGAGAGCAGCUUAUGUCAAGAAGAUGUCCCAGUUAACUGGUAAUAAUGGACACUGCUGUAACAUUUCAGCAUUCAAAAAACAUUCAACCAACAUCUUUCCCUCCACAGGAGAGUCUGAGAAGCAGAUCCUGAGGAACAUCCAGUAUGUUUGUUCCCAGCAGAAGAGUGAGGAGCUACUCGUCAACAGGAAUAUGGAAGGAGUUCCCAAAGACUCCUCUGCUGUCUCGUCCUCUUCAGCUGUCUUGACCUGCAGUGAGGCCAGGUCGAGACCAAGACCAAGGCACACGGGAGGAGUGACAGCAGAGAAGGAGGAGGAGGACAGGGAGGAGGUGAUGGAGGUGGUAGACCUUCUGGAGGACACUGAGGAGGACAGGGAAGCGGUGAUGGAGGUGGUAGACCUUCUGGAAGACACGGAGGAGGACAGGGAAGCGGUGAUGGAGGUGGUGGACCUUCUGGAGGACACAGAGGAGGAGAAAACGGACAACUCCUCGGACGAGACAGAGGAUUCUGCCGAUGACGACAACAACAAAAACAACAACGUUAAAGGGGACGUCAUUAACAUCCGUGAUUUUGAAGAAAGUGUAGAGGAGGAGGAGGCUGUAGACAUUGAGAGUGUGGAAGACAAUGCGCAGAAGAGCACCACUUCACAACUGAAGGCAAAAUACGCUAAAGAAGUGGAAGGAGAAACAGGACCCAAAUUAAGAGACCGAAAACAAGUCCUUGACCUGAGAGACAAAUGCGAGCGCCUUGAAAAACUGAAGAGUGGGCUGACCAGGGAGAGAGCUGGUGAUAUUAAGAAAAUCUCAAAGAAAUCUGGAAAGACAGAGGAGCUCAUCAUCAGGAAACUGCAGGACAUCUCGACCAAACAGAAGGACAUGGUGUUCAAAACGAAGUGGAGAGGGCCGUCCUCAUCGGUCUCACCCAAUAAAACAAUUUCACUCAGGAGCACUCGACAGCCUAAGCCAAAGUCCCUGGCCCCCAGCCUCAAGUUAAAGGUCGUAGCCACCUCAGUCCCCCACUCUAUCCCCCAAAAGCCUGCAUCCCAACGACCCAAGACUAGUCCCAUCACACCACCUUCCAGUAACCACCCCUCAACGUGGCGUUCGCCGCGUGAAAGGACCAGACCUAACAUCCUGUCUGGCAGAAAAAUACAGCCUGCCCCAGAUUCCCCACCAGUUCAUGCUGGGUUUCUCCCUCAAAUGCUGUCUAUAGUGGGUGGAGUGAUCACAUCUGAGCAGGUGAUCGCCAUGCAGUCUGCCCGUUCUCUGCUGCCGGGAGGACGCGCCGCUGGAAUCGAAAUGCAACAGUCUCAAACACCAGGUGUCGCUUCGGUCACCAUCAUUAUCCCCUCAAUGUCCAAACCCAUUUCUCUCACUCCAACUUUUAAUAACUGCAACGGGGGAGUUCCUCAUUCCGCCGAUGUCAUUUCAUUGGUUAAAGCCCGACAGAACCAGUCAGCUCCAGGUGUGUCAGGGGGAGCUCAGAGGAGGCCAGCCCCAGUGAAGGGUAGGGGCAGUGGGUUGGAGUACGGAGAGGUUCUGGGGAAGCAGCUGGACCAUGCUGUAGACGGUGUAGGGAUCAACGACGCAGAUGGAAACUCUGAGGAGGACGAAGACAACAAAGAUGGUGAUGGUGAAGACGAGAGCCUCGCGUCUGUCCUCAACGAGAUCUUCAUCCUUCACCAGCAGAUUACCACAGACAACAACAGCAGCCCCAGAGGUCCUCCAGUGGUCUCCCGCAUACCACAUACCGAGCCUGGGCAGAUGGGGACUGUGAGGGUACCCACACCUCAGACAGACAGGGUGCUACUACCACCAAAGACAGAGAAGGCGAUCAUCGGAGAUGGAGAUGACGAGUGCUCCCUCAGCCCCUUGUUCCCUGAGACUGAAUGAGGACAAGGGCCAGGAAAAGACUUCCAAAGGCCCAGGUCUGCCAAUACCACAGGCAGAGGACCUUAAAGUUGGUUUUGGAUCCAACCUGAAACCAUCAGAGACUGUUUCUGCUCCUGCUGUCAACGGGCACAGCCAACAAGCAAAAGCAUGCACUACAAAAGGUCAAGAUGUACUGCAAAAAGCACUGACCCCGCCACUGCUGCUGCAGAUGAAAGUUGGAGGCGUGGCAGAGGUGCUGGAGUCCAAUGAGAAGCCGGGGGAUGCCCUGACCCCGCCCCCACUGCUGCAGAUGAGGCCCAUGCCACGACUAGACCCACGAUGACUAAAGAGCAACCCUCAGACAUAGAACUGAGAAACAACUCACUUAGGCCCAGGUCGACAUUGUAGCCAUCUCUCCUCAAUACCCCCAUUCACAUAGGUCGUAUUCAUUCGGCACCAAACUGACAAAAACGGACUGAAAUGGGGUGAGACUACUUGAACUUGUCCAAUGAGAAACGUUCAUUUUCUGUUGCAAAACAUUUCUCUACAGUGUGACUUAAUGAAUAUGACCCUUCUGGCUAAACCAAUCGGGGAUAACUACAUUUACGAAACAUACGUUUAGGAUAUCCUUGUGAAAAAAGUGAUUUUGUUUUGUUUUAGGAGCAACACUACCUAACGGGGCGUAUCGGAAAGACUGACAUGACACUGUUCUGACAGUCAGGAGUUUUUGUUUGUUUUUCUGUUCAAAUCUCCUAUCUAGAAGUGUCUCAGAAUAAGAGUACAGAUCUAGAAUCAGUUUAACCUUUUAGAUCAUAAUGAAUAAGCUCACAUGGAGCUGAUACUAGAUCAACGCAUGUGUAAGACACUAUAAAUACAGGCCCUGAACUGUUGCUUUUCUUUCCCUCAUUUUAAAGAGGAGAUGCAAUGAAUAUUCUGUAAUAGUAAGCUGCCAGAACCUUGGUACAUUUAAGGGUGUCCAGUAUGUUCUGCCUUUAAGGGUUACACACAUCGCACCGAAUGUAGAUCUGUCGUUUACAGCUUGUUGUUCAGCGCACUGUUGACGUCUUCGCAUGUUUCUAUAUGUAAAACCGGUUUGCACUCGGUUCACAAGUACUCUCAGCAGACAAACACUAUUGGUGUGUUCGAGCCCUUAGAGUAUAUUAUUUGUUCUAUCAGAGCAAGAGGAUUUGUAGACAGACAUCUGAUGGUACGGAUGCCAGUUCUGUUCAUAGUACUGUAAUGGUGUGUGUAUAGGGCCUCUGUCUCCAUAUUGGAGUGGGAGAUCUCUGUUUCUUCAUGUUUGUAGUUACUUCACCUUUAAGGAACAUUUCAUCUGUAAUUAUAUAUGUUUUUGUAUGGCACAGUUUUCUACACUAACUACUAACCGCUCAGUUUGCAGUGCAGACAACACAUCUCAACAUAGAAAACCCUUGAUAAAUAUUGUCAUAAUGGACAGGUAAUUGAAUCUGCAGCGCUUGUGACUUUUUUCUAAGAGCAGCUCCACUUCAGUGAUUUAUGUAAUAAUUAGACCCUGACAUUCACUAUAAUAUUAGUAGAAAUGACUAUGGAUGUGUUGCAAAUGGCACCCUAUUUCCUAUAUAGUGCACUACUUUUGACCAGGGCCCUGAUCUAAAGUAGUGUACUAUAUAGGGAAUAGGGUGCCAUUUGAAAGAAUUUGUGUAUUUGUGGUUGAAUUGGGGGAAAUGAAAGCUGUCAUUUUUAUGUUGCUAAGAGGUAAAGCUUGCAGAAUUAAAAGCCAGCCAUCUUGUUAAACUGCAUCAAGACCUGUUGGUUAGAACCAUAUAGUGUAGAUUGAAUUUCUGUAUAAAAAAAUAUAUAUAAACUCCCAUUUUUUUAAAUAAUAGGCCAUGUAAAUAAUGACGUUUUUCCACUUUGAGAACGAUGGUUGUUUUUUGUAAAGAUAUUUCUCAUGUUUUUAUAUGGGGUCAAUAACCGUUACGUUUAGGAUGUUGACGUAAGAGAAAGGAAGAUGCCUUGAAAUAAAAUCUAAUAAUGAA